UGAGCGGCACUCGACAAACCUAAAAAAGUUGCAGACCGUUGCAACAUCGUAUGUGGGUAGUUUUGUUAUCCAGUCCAAGCCCCACAUGCUGGUGUCCCGCAGAGUUCUCAAUCGAGCGAUUUUCCUGCGGUGUGUUGUGCUCUGGACCAGGAUUUGUGGGUACCUUCUAGUAUUGCUGCGAUUUGCGUCAGCAGAUUUCGCAGUGUUACUGCUCGCGUCUUCGGAGAUUGUGCGUCGGUACUUUGUUCAGGGAGACGUUCGUGGUUUCGGGGUGUUGUAAGGGAAGGGAAGUCAAGAUGAACGACAUUGAGGUUUCGAAGCAGGUCCAGCAGAUGGUGCAGUUCAUCCGCCAGGAAGCAGAGGAGAAGGCCAACGAGAUCUCUGUAUCUGCUGAAGAGGAGUUCAACAUUGAGAAGCUACAGAUCGUGGAAACUGAAAAGAAGAAAAUUCGACAGGAGUUCGAGCGGAAGGAGAAGCAAGUGGAAGUCCGCCGUAAAAUUGAGUACUCGACGCAAUUGAAUGCUUCUCGGCUAAAGUUGCUUCAAGCUCAGGAUGACUUGGUUCGCAAGAUGAAAGAAGCGGCCGAGAAGCAGCUGCAGAAGGUUGGGUCCAGUGACAAUGAGGAAUACCCCAAACUUCUGGAAGCGCUCAUUAUCCAGGGAUUGUUGAGGCUGAAGGAGCAGUCAACACAGCUACGAUGCCGUGAGCAAGACCUCGAGAUAGUGCAGUCAGUGAUUGAAUCAGCGAAACAGGCGUAUGCAGAGAAACUAAAUGUUGAUGUGCCAGAGGUGUUUGUGGACGACGAGCAUUUUCUUCCCGGGCCACCAGGAUCAUCGAACCAUGGUUCAUCUUGUACAGGAGGAGUGGUGUUGGCUACCAAGGAUGGGCGCAUUGUAUUGGAGAACACUCUAGAUGCACGCUUGGAAGUUGUAUUCAAGCAGCAGCUGCCUGAGAUCCGAAAGCGACUCUUCCCUUCAGGCGGACAAGCUGGUGCUUAGGCAUGUCUGUUUUUCUAUAAAUGCUCGAGUUUGUUCUCUCCAGCUAGCCGGUGGUUGGCUUUCGCCAUUCCUGCAGCAGAAUAAUCUUGUAAUCUUAUAUAUUUUAUAUCAUUUCUGCCCCGUCAAUGUGUUUGUAACCUCAAUGUAUGUAUGUAAAGUUUUUUAGAUAACUCUAAAAUGCCAUGUGUAUACGUAAUAUACACCUUGUUA